GGCUAUCGGUCAAAAAUGAACAGAUCAGAAAUAUAUAGCUUCCACAUUAGAGGACCAACGCGUCUCAAGGCUGUUGACUGGAACAAUGUAAAUCAUCGAAGAUCCAUUAUUGCUAGCUUGGUCCAAGGAGUGUAUGUUCAAGAAUACGACCGCCAGCAGCGCCUUAAGGAACCUCGAGCUCCACUUCUUGCUCCACCUUGGUGGGAAUUCUUCGAUUUCCAAUUAUACUGUGUGCUUUCAGAUCAGGUUGACACGUCCAUCUUUGGUGCUGUUUAUGAGAAAUGUAACAGUUACGAUUCUGCAAGUAAGGCCCCAAAAUAUGUUAUUGCCUUCCGAGGAAAUUUCAUAUCAGAAGGCACAAUUGUGCGGGACUUGAAGUUGGACGUGGAGUGCUGCUUUAACAAACUUAAUAGUGACGACAACAUGGCCAGGUUGAAUUAUAGGAUUGAAACAUACCUCUAUAAUCCACCAUUCCCAUCUCUCACAGAUAUUUUGAUGAAGUGGACCAAGAGUACUGAAAAAACGCAGGACAAAAUCCGCAUUGCAAAGAGUUUUGUCAAGGCUACUUUAGUAGCUGCAGCACAAGCUUCUAAUAAGGCUCAGCAUGACCCUUUUCGUGCCUUAUAUGACUGGCACCCUAAACUGUUCGUGAACCGAGGUGAUCUUAUUUGUUCAGGUUAUAUUGCUUAUUUUGAACACAUCUCAUCAGGAACAACAUUGCCAAGGGGGGCUGAAGGUUUGCAUCUUCUUCCUUCGGCAAAUCUGUACAUAAAUACUAAAAAUACACCGCUUCUCCAAGCACAUGCUCAUGAACAGUGGUGGAAUCCUGAUACUGACUGCGAGCUCAAGGUGUACCACUACAAUUAG